GAGCACCAAGCAAAUCAUGCAACUGAAUCGAAUCGAAUUUCGCGAUUUUUAAUCCGUCGCAAUCUAUCAAAAGUAGUUCAAUACAGUGAAAUAUACCAUUGUUAACAUAGUGGAUCAUCCGUGAUGAAGUUGUGCUGACUUUGAUUGUAAACAAAAUGAUAAAAUUCAGCCAACGCCUGUCGAUUCGAAGCAUUGCGCUCCUGAGAUCGCCCCGGUUUCUUGAAGGCCGCACUAUCGUUCCGAUCUGGAUAGCAUCCCGCGGUAAGAAAGAUGACAGUGGUCGUUUGUUCACUCCGGUUCCGAUCCGGCCAAGUCCGGAUGACAUAAACGUAGGAGCAGAGCUCACCGGUGGCACGCUGGACAAAGCGGAGAUGCUGAAAGUGAUUCUCAAGUUCAGCAAUCGGAAGGAGAUAAAGUUUUUGUGCUUGGAGAACGGGAUCGAUUCCCACUUGCAGCAGCAAGCCUUCACGAGCUUCAGGAGGUACUGCAUGGAAACGGAUGCCCUGCCGGCGGAUUUGCAUGUGGUGUUGAGCGAUAUUUUGCAAGGCGCCGGGCAUGUGGAUGAUAUUUUUCCGUACUUUCUGCGGCACGUGAAGCAGAUUUUCCCGCACCUGGAAUGUAUGGACGAUUUGAAGAAGAUUUCGGAUUUGAGACAGCCUGCUAAUUGGUAUCCAAGUGCGAGGGGAAUCAACAGGAAGAUUAUAUUCCAUUCGGGGCCGACCAAUUCCGGCAAGACGUAUCACGCCAUGGAACGUUUUUUGACGGCCAAAUCGGGGGUUUAUUGUGGACCGUUGAAGCUGCUGGCCAGCGAAGUUUUCAACAAGAGUAAUCAACGAGAAACGGCCUGCGAUUUAGUAACGGGAGAGGAGAGGAAGUUUGCUGACCCAAAUGGGAAUUCUUCGAAGCACGUCGCUUGUACGGUGGAGAUGACGUCAAUUACGACGCCUUAUGAAGUCGCCGUUAUUGACGAGAUACAAAUGCUGAAGGAUGUCGGUCGAGGAUGGGCAUGGACUCGAGCUCUACUGGGGCUUAUGGCAGAGGAAAUCCACGUGUGCGGUGAACCAGGAACGUUGGAUCUUCUUGAGAAGAUUUGCGAAACUACUAAUGAGUCGCUGGAAGUUCGAAAAUACAAACGAUUGACGGCUUUGCAUAUAGAAGAUCAAGCUCUUCAGACAUUGGAUAAUGUUCGGCCGGGAGAUUGUAUCGUGUGUUUCAGCAAAAACGAUAUUUACGCGGUUUCGAGAGAAAUUGAAGCACGAGGUAGAGAAGUCGCCGUUAUAUAUGGAGGCUUGCCGCCGGGAACGAAGUUGGCCCAAGCGGCGAAAUUCAACGAUCCCGACAAUAGUUGCAAAGUGCUGGUGGCUACCGAUGCCAUCGGGAUGGGUUUGAAUUUGAGCAUACGGAGAGUUAUUUUCUACUCGAUAAUUAAGCCCAGCGUAAAUCAAAAGGGAGAGAAGGAAAUGGACACUAUUUCCGUGUCUCAAGCUUUGCAGAUAGCCGGUAGAGCUGGUCGGUAUGGUAUGCAAUGGGACGAAGGCUACGUGACAUCUUACAAACCGGAAGAUCUUCCCACAUUGAGAAACAUUCUCGGACAAACGCCGGAACCGCUAACCCAAGCUGGUCUUCAUCCAACGGCGGAUAUGAUCGAAUUAUACGCUUAUCACCUCCCGAAUGCCACCCUCAGCAACUUGAUGGAGAUUUUCGUUUCCCUUAGUACCGUUGACGAUUCCCUGUACUUUAUGUGCAACACGGAAGACUUUAAGUUCCUCGCUGAAACUAUCCAACAUGUUCCGCUUCCGCUUCGCGCUCGGUACAUAUUUUGCUGUGCUCCGAUAAACCGUCAAAUGCCGUUCGUGUGUUCUAUGUUCCUCAAGUACGCCAGACGGUACAGUAAAAACGAACCGGUAACCUUCGAUUGGCUUUGCAACCAAUGCGGUUGGCCAUUCCAGCUGCCACGAACCAUCAUCGAUCUAGUCCACCUGGAAGCCGUAUUCGACGUGUUGGAUCUGUACCUUUGGCUAAGCUAUCGCUUCCCGGAUUUGUUCCCCGACGAGAAACUCGUUCGCGAUAUCCAAAAGGAGCUGGACGACAUCAUCCAGCAGGGUGUGUUCCAAAUAACGAAGCUACUGAAGAACUCGGAGACGGCCGUAUCGACCAACACUCCGGACGAGGAUUCGUUCGUGAUGCGCCAGAAGCGGAGCAAGUACUACCGGGAGAAUUCACCGCGAGGGAAGCUUACCGAGCGAUUGCUGGCACAAGGAUUACUCACUCCGGCGAUGCUGCAGGAACUGAAAGCCGAGUGGGAUCAACAGUCGAAGACGAGAGGCGGAAUCGGUGUUAACGGUGACGAUGACGACGAUGAUUCGCCGGGGAAAAAGAGUCGUAGGAAAACGCGGAAGAUUAAAUGAGGAAGGUAGCGAUGUUUGGAGGUAGAAUAAAAA